AUUUCGUUCCAUCAACAAAGAUAAUUUGCCCAGAGUUUUUUUGUUUUCCCUUAUUUGUGUAAUAUGGAGUUUGUGGUUUUGAAACCUGAGGAAGUAGAAAAGAGUUUAAAAGAGGAGCAAGUGUCGAAGGAACUACAUCUCAAAUCGUCUGAAACGCACACGCUGAACAAAAGAGCCGUCCUCAACCGCAUCCGCAACCACAAAUGUAUUCAUAACCUCAAGAGUCUUCUUCACACAACUUCUCCUAAUAGCGGUUCCACCCUCGACGCUGAGUACCGGUGGAUUGAUAGUGGCGAUAUCUUUUCUUGUCCGUGAAAUAAAUAGACAAGAGACUUUUAGCACGUGUAUGUUCGUCUCUACAUGUAUCCAAACUAUAAUUCAAGUUGUCUUGGAUAAUAUUUUGUAAUGAUCAUAUCAUAAAGUUAUGUUAACGAUGAACUGAUAU